AUCUGCGGCACUGAUCAGAAAUGUCAAGUCUUGGUCAGCGAGAUCGGUUUUGUUGCGGCCGUCAACUACAAGAAGGAUGAAUGAACAUGUCAGAGGAAGUGGUAGAUGCAGAUUGGUCGGCUCGAAGGGUGCCCUCGAGUUGUUGGGAUCUGCGGCACUGAUCAGAAAUGUCAAGUCUUGGUCAGCGAGAUCGGUUUUGUUGCGGCCGUCAACUACAAGAAGGAUAAUGUUGCAGAGAAGAUCCAGGAAUACUGUCCAGGUGGAGUGGACACCUACUUUGACAAUGUUGGAGGGGAUAUCAGCAACACCGUUAUAAGUCAGAUGAAGCCAAACAGCCACAUCAUCCUUUGUGGACAGAUCUCCCAGUACAAUAAAGACGUGCCCUAUCCCCCUCCGUUGCCCCCUCCCACAGAUGCUAUCCUGAAGGAGAAGAAUAUCACCAGAGAGAGAUUCCUGGUGCUGAAUUACACAGAAAAAUUUGAUGUGGGUAUGGUCCAGUUGAGCCAAUGGCUUAAGGAAGGAAAGCUGAAGGUUCGUGAGACAGUGGUGAAAGGACUGGAAAACAUUGGAGCUGCCUUUCAGUCCAUGAUGAAAGGAGGAAACAUUGGGAAACAGAUUGUCCUGGUCUCUGAUGGUAAUAAAAGUGCCCAGUCACCCUGA